ACGGGUCGCGUGGUAGGAGGUUGCUGCGAUUCAAUUUCAGUCGAAGCGCGCCAGGCAAACGGAGCGCCAGCAAGAACCGGCUGCUCUCUUUUCUGCACCUCGUGGCUCGUUUUUCGAUCCAUCCUCGAAUCUGUUCGUGCACGUUCGUGCAUCUUCGUUCAACCGUGCGUCGGUGAGACUAGGAUGCAUUGGCUGCCAGACGGAACUCGAAUCGGUAACGUGUGUGUGCGCGCCACCGGGCCUCCAGCAUCCGAUCUAUAGUGUUUACGUUGUACGUGUAACCCAGUGUGGACAACCGUUGCUCCGAGAACCAGUACCUCUCCUCUACUCGAAUGCAUACGAAAAGCAUCGUGUCUACGACCUAGUUUCUCCGAUGAUUCGUCGCGAGUGACAAAUCCCGUAGCUUGAUCUUUCACUCGAAUCGUAACUAAACGGAAUGAACAACAUUCGUUAACAACUUUCGAACGUGUCGUUCGGUGCAGCAUCGUGGCGCACGCUUUCGCAUCGGCGGUAGUUGCGAGCUGAAUUUUUCGAAAACAAACGCGAACACGGAAAGUAGCGAUGACGAGUUUAGAAUGAUGCGUGUACCGAUUGUGAAAGGAUACGGAACGAGCUUGGACAUGAACAAUCCACGGGAUCGUCGCUGGUUCGUGUAGUUUUCAAUCGUGGCUGUCGUGAAUAGCCGCGAUAUGAUCGAGUAAUUUUGUGAACACGUGACACACAAGCGUUUGCCGCCAUGAACGCAAGAGGAUAAGGAAAGGAUUAGCAGUAGCGCAAAAUGGAAUUUGGAGGAUACAAAGGUACCGGUCCCCGUGUCAGGGUGCGACGACGCGCGGAAUUAGGGAGACGGCUCACCAGGAGGCUGUCUCUGGUCGCGAAAAUGCCAGCUGCCAUUCUCAGCAAAGCGAAUCCACCUGAACCAAGGCCGGUCGAGAUCACCGCGAUCGCUCCUGACAAGACACAGCUCACCCUACCUGGUGCAUCUCCUGGAGCUGUGUCUUCCGUGGUGGCACCGGUGCUGCUCAAGUACCGGGUCUGUAGGCCGAGGUUGUUACUCGCUGGUUCUAGAGCCGAGGUUGAUCCUGCUGCUGAUGUGGGAUUAUUACACGGGGAGGUUUUGCUGAUCGAGGAUUCCGCCAGGCAGUACGAUCCGAUAGGAGAUACGGAUCGCAGAUACAGAGCAACGGAGAAGCUUCUGCACGCCGAAGAAGAGUAUCACGAGGCUCUGUGCAGUGCCAAAGAGUUGUACGCUAGACCGUUAGCUCGGAACUAUCCAGAGUUCCACGAUGACAUUUUUCAACCUCUCGCCGAUUUAUCCCUGGUUACCGCCGAACAUUGCCAAAGGAUCCGCACCGCGUUAGAGAACUGGGAUGACAGUAGCUUCAAAUCGAGUGACUUAUUUCCUGGCUCGUUUUGGAACUCUUACUGGGAAUACCUGGAGAGCUACGGCGAAGCCCGGAGGAUUCUGGACGAGCUUAGAGCGACGGAGGACCCCCUGCUGCACUUCCUUAGUCUUAGGCAAGCGGCGGCCAGGCACUCCCCAUCCUCCUUGCUUCUUCUACCGGUCCAGAGGCUGGCCGAAUACGAGAGGUACCUGGGUCAAGAGGCACGAAACCUGGUGGAGAACGGAAACGGAAGCGUCGGAAGUGGCGCCGUUCUCCAACGCGGUCAACUCGAGGGUGACCUUCAUCGAAUCCAGGAGCUCUUUCCUGGCGAUAACCUUCGGCUACACGAACGAGAUGUCCUCACCACGAAGAUGAAGAGUCUGAUUCGUAAAAGGAACGGUGGAAAUCCAGGGAGGCUGACGAGAGUGCUGUCGCAAAAGUCGUUGAACGUGUCUAGCAAUUCUCCGGCUCCAAAAUCUCCACCGAGAACCUUCCUCUUGGAAACUCCGGUACAAUUCACCACGGGUGUGCAGUCGCAGGACAGACACCUCUUCCUGUUCUCCGACUUGUUGCUCAUAGCAAAGGCUCGAAGCGGCGGUAAUUUCAAGCUGAAGCAGUCCGUAAGAAUGAGCGAGCUCUGGCUAACAGCUGGACACAUAGAAGACGUGGCCGAAACGAGUAAAUCUCAGGAGACCAGUUUCGUCCUCGGCUGGCCGACGACGAACGUCGUCGCCACUUUCAUGACUGCUGCAGCUAGGGAUCUCUGGUGGGGUCGUCUGACCGAGCUGGUACGAGAGGAGAGUAUGAAGGAGCCGCCGGACACGAACAUUCAAGUCGUGUAUCACGACAGUGACACGAACACGGAAUACUGCAAGACCAUAAUGGUGGGAUCCGAGAUGACGGCGGCAGCCUGCGUGAAUCUAGCUACGCGAUUGUUGGAUCUACAAGGACCGUUUCAAUUGUGGGCGAGGACGUCCGCGGACGAAGCACCGUAUCCUUUGAUCGGUCACGAAAGACCUUUCGCCGUGAAAUUGUCCAAUUUACGGCAUACGCUAUCCGCGGAGGAGGGUUUCGAUUUGGAACAUUGUAAUAAGAGUGGCCAUGACACCUGUCACUUCAUCCUCAGGCCUGUACCGAAGUCGCCUGUGAAGAAGAACAAGUCCAAAAUCACUGGACUAUUGAGGAGAUCCUUGUCGUUGAACCCAAGUUUGUUUGGGGUCAACUUGUCCAGACUGGACGAGAAUGGACUGCCCAAACCAGUGCUGGUGAUGUUGCAACAACUGUUCGCCAAAGGACCGUUCACGCAGGGAAUCUUUAGAAAAUCCGCGAACGUGAGAAUCGUUAGGGAGUUGAGAGAUCAGAUCGAGUCCACCGGUGAUCCCAGUUGUUUGGAGGAUGCGCCCAUCAUCGCGGUGGCAGCUUUGCUGAAGGACUUCUUGAGGUCUUUACCGGAUCCUCUCCUCACUUCUCAUCUGUUUCCACUGUGGAUGGAGAGUUUGGACACGCCGAAUCCCGUUCAAACCAUUAAAAAUAUUUUAGACAGACUACCCAAAGCGAAUUACACUCUUCUGUCGCAUCUGAUAUGCGUGCUGCAUCACGUGGCACGCAGGUCGAAGCACAAUCUCAUGUGCGCCAGCAAUCUCGGGGUCUGUUGUGGGCCCAGCUUACUUUGGUCGCCAAAUCCUUCGGUCAAUCAGAGCAGAGCGAUCCCUACGUUAACAGAGAUGCUAAUUCGUCACUGCGAGGUUCUCUUUGGCGAGGGUGUUACUCAAUUGCUCGGGGAAGAGCGCAGCGACAGCGGAGCCGAAGAGAGUACCGAUAGCCUUCACUCAGGUGGGCUUUCCUUGGACAGCCUGGACCUGACGGAACCACCUCGUAAAGACCACAUGUCUCUUUCAAGAGACUCCGGUCUAACCCUGUCGGACUGUCAGUUGUUCAUUCCAGAAUCUCCGGUGGGUUCCGAGGAUUCUGCCGUGAAUGCCUCGUCGUCCAGUUUCGACAAGUCCCUCGUGAAAGAGGACAAGUCGACCAGCAAGUCGUACAUCCGCGUUUACGGUGGGUGGGAGGAAAGAAUAAACGGUUACACAGCCAAUCAUCAUACGAGCAGCAUCGAGCACGGUUUCAGGGAGGAGAAAAACGGUAUUGGUUACCCAAAUCCAAAUUUUCAGAGACAAGACUGGCUGAGAGCUCAGCUGAAGAGGACACCCCGAACGAAGCUCGACGAACACGAUCAUCGCAAGGAGAGGUUCGACGAGAAGGAUAUAUACGGUAGAGAGUAUCUCAGGCAGGACUCGAUGAAGGAGAACGUGGAAAAUUGUAAGGAUAUUUACAGGAAUUCGCAGUUGGACAUAACGCGGGAUCUCAGGUCGGAGUACGAGAGAGCAACGCAACAGGAUAUUUGUACGGAACGGGUCUCGAUUCAUAAUUCGGAACAGGAUCUGGCGGGAGACUCGUCGUUGUCCAGUGAUCGCUACGAAUUCAAGAAAGAACGUUUCAACGAGUUCAAAAAGGUCAAGUCGGAAAUGUAUGUUAAUCGGGAAUCUCCUGUCUCGCAGAACGGUAGCUACCAUUCGGGAAGCGAUCUGUACGAGUUCAAGAAAGUGAAGAGCGAGAUAUACGUGAACAAAGAGUCGACGCGUACAGAGAGAUACGAAUCUGAAAGUAGUAUCUAUGGUAAUAGGGAUAGAACGAACGAGAUAUACAGUACGAGAGAGAGAAACGAUCUGUACUCGUUCAAGCAAGCGGAGGCGAUCGAUUUGUACGGUGACGAGGACGAGGACGAGGAGAGAACAUGGCCGGAUACACCGCCACCGCUGCCACCACGACUGAGGCAUUUGCCACCGGUGCAUAUGAAUCUAGAAGACAGGCACAAAGUAGCUGGAAGGUCAAGGUCUCUGCCACCGCCACCUCCUUAUCGUCCACCUCCUCAACCUCGUGCUUCGGUUACCACGAGACAUCUAGGAUACGGAAGAUCCGUCGUUGAUGACGAGAGUUACGUUUAAAACAGGGUGCCAAGAAACGCGUGCGCGCUUCCGCGUGUACGCGCACCUUCGACAAAAUCAAAGAACCGAAAAGUCGCAGCUUCGAGAUCGCGGUGUACGCGUUGGCUCGUGUACACGCGUGGUCUCGUUAUACGACUGAAACUAGUCCAAAACUGGGAACGCACGUACGAUCGGAAACAAUAUAAUAGCGACAUGUAGAAUUAUCUAAUUAGGUACGUCGUCAACGAGGAAUGUUAUAAUCCAACAAAUCCAAGGAGGGAAAUUUAUAUAAAAGAAAGCGCUAUUCAUUGUUGGCGAUUCUCUUUAGGGAUAAAUUCGACUGUUACAUAGUGAUUCAGGGUGCUUCCACGAGCCUUAACUCUUAGGUUUCUCUUCAUUUUCUUUUUCUAAUUAGACGUUCAUAUAGAAAUCUUAUCAAUAAGUAUAUAGGCUAUAGCGGACAAGACUUACGUCGAAAUGAUAUUAUUCGUAAUCGUUUUCUUUCUACGCGAAGAAGAAUAUUUGUAAAAAAAAAAAUAUAUAAUGAUACAAUGCAAUGUGUGUAAACUGCGCGUCAAACUGAAAGGAUAUAAAAGAAACAAAAGGUCUCCGUGGGUAUUCGAGUAAAAAUAUUGCGGCAUAGAGGAAGAGUUUAGCAUUCAAUAUCCGCGGAACGAAUAACCGAUAAUAAAAUGCAAAUUUUAUUGCAGCCACACCGAGGAAAGGGAGAUAUUCGUUUCCAUUCGUCGUCUCUCGCGUCAUCUUUAAAUACGUUCACGUAGCCAAGCGCACAUCUCUCUAUCGAAAUGUCUCGGAAUUUCAAGAUCGUUCUACGUUUGAAGAAUCGUUUCGAGUAACAAAACAACGUCAACUGCCCUCAUCGCGUUUUAUCAGGUUCCCUUCUUCGUUAUUUGUAUAUUUGUAUUUCUUAAUUUCUAUCAGGAAAUUGGUUCACCGCCAAAUGAACAUGACAAUUAAUUCUUUCUCUCUCUCUCUCUCUCUCUCUCUCUCUUUCGUUAAGUUGAAUUAAGUUAGGAGACAUAAAUCGCAAAAUGCUUCUUCGUCGAAUGCAAGCGCGCGAUUAUCUUAAUUGAAUAAGGUACACGCAGAAGUUGUUAGAGUGUUUUAACUGCAUUCAAAACUUUUCGUUCUUUGUAUAUAUUACUGUAAACUGUAAUCUUUUAUAUUGCUAAACGUAUAUGAUAUACUAUGCAAUGCCCGUAAGGUAUGUAUACUUAUCUAAAUUAUACGACAUGCUAUGAAAGUAAAUAUAUUUCGUAUUUUAUA